GGCGCGUUCCGCUCACCCUCCCACCCGGCGCAUUUCCCUGAAUCAUUUGGCUUCAAGAUGUUUUUGAUAGUGUAAGGUUUUUUUUUUGGUGGGGGUCCAGCUCUGACGCUGUUAUUGACCAUUUCUUCUGCGUGUCCUACUUCCAUCUUCGGAUUCUUCUCAAUACAAACCCCGGUCUCGUUGCAGAGACCCUCGGCGCGCCGGAUCACGGGACCCUGACUGAACCCUUUGCGGGUGUGCAAGCACUGAGCCCGGACUGCUCCCUCGCACCCUGCCAGCGCCGACCAGCGCGCACCGCAAACAGGACUGACACCGUUUCAUGUCUUUUUAAAAAGUGGUUGCUGUAGUGCUGCUGGAGCGAUGCCGAGCUGCGUUGUGAUUGGCUGGCUUCUGCUGCUGCCAGUUCUGUGCCUGACCGCGCCCGCUCAUAUUAACCGCCUGGCGCUGUUCCCUGACAAGAGUGCCUGGUGCGAGGCGAAGAACAUCACGCAGAUCGUGGGGCACAGCGGCUGUGAGGCACAGUCCAUACAAAACCGGGCCUGUCUGGGGCAGUGCUUCAGCUACAGUGUGCCCAACACCUUCCCCCAGUCCACAGAGUCCCUGGUGCACUGCGAUUCCUGCAUGCCAGCCCAGUCACUGUGGGAGGUGGUCACCCUGGACUGCCCCGGGAACAAGGAGAUGCCCCGCGUGGACAAGCUAGUGGAGAAGAUCCUGCACUGCAGCUGCCAGUCCUGCGGCAAGGAGCCCGUCCUGGAGGGGGAGCUGUUCAACGUGUACCUGAAGCCCCCCGUGCUCCCCCAGCCUGGCCAUGGCCACCACCACCUGGAGAGAGAGGGGCAGGGGGAGGGGGAGAGCGAGCAUGCUGCCCUGCCAAAACACACUGAGAAACAAGAGGACUAGACCCUUCCCUCCUCCCCCUCACCCCCUCCCCUCCUCUACCCUCACUAUCUCCCUCCUUCCCCUCUCCUCCUCUCCCCUCACUGUAUCCUGCCCUCCCC